AACAACGGUAGCCGCUAGUAGCUAACCAAAGGGAGAGAAGGCACGGAGGUAGACCAAAAAUUUCAGGUCCCCCGGCUUACCUACAUUUUAUUGUAUAUCAGUUGACUGUGCUCCGUGGAUACAUAUAUAGUGGUGACACAGUAUGAUGCAGGGCUAGUCUGACCAGUGGAUGUUUGCAGGCAGUCUUUGGUGUUUACUGGAGCUGGUCUGUCGGGGCAUAAGACAGCGUGAGCGGCACACAUCCCUGUAAGACAGCGCCUGUGCCUAAUUGGUGAUCUUCUGCCAGGGAGACGGCAGCUGCAACACACCUUAACCUGCUCCCAUUUUCAUCCCACUGCCACCAUGGUGCUGUCCCAGAGACAACGAGAUGAACUAAAUCGAGCAAUAGCUGAUUACCUUCGUUCCAAUGGAUAUGAAGAGGCAUACUCAUUUUUCAAGAAGGAGGCGGAAUUAGACAUGAAUGAAGAGUUGGAUAAGAAGUACGCCGGCCUUUUGGAAAAGAAAUGGACUUCAGUAAUCCGAUUACAAAAGAAGGUGAUGGAAUUAGAAUCAAAGCUUAAUGAAGCAAAAGAAGAGAUCACUUUAGGAGGACCAAUUGGACAAAAGCGAGACCCCAAAGAAUGGAUCCCCCGCCCCCCUGAGAGAUAUGCUCUUAAUGGCCACAGGAGUCCUGUCACAAAGGUCAUCUUCCAUCCUGUCUUCAGUGUCAUGGUGUCUGCCUCAGAGGAUGCUACAAUAAAGGUAUGGGAUUAUGAGGCAGGAGACUUUGAGCGUACCUUAAAGGGCCAUACAGACUCUGUUCAGGACAUCUCCUUUGAUCAGACUGGAAAGCUGCUGGCCUCCUGCUCAGCAGACAUGACAAUUAAACUUUGGGACUUCCAAGGAUUUGAGUGCAUCAGGACCAUGCAUGGGCAUGACCAUAAUGUUUCGUCUGUAGCCAUAAUGCCCAAUGGAGAUCAUAUAAUAUCUGCUUCAAGAGAUAAAACCAUUAAAAUGUGGGAAGUUGCCACUGGAUACUGUGUGAAGACGUUCACUGGUCACAGAGAGUGGGUGCGUAUGGUACGACCUAAUCAGGAUGGUUCCCUGAUUGCCAGUUGCUCAAAUGACCAGACAGUGCGAGUGUGGGUGGUGGCCACAAAAGAAUGCAAGGCUGAACUGAGGGAACAUGAGCACGUAGUAGAGUGCAUCUCAUGGGCUCCUGACAAUGCCAGUCCCACUAUACUGGAGGCCACUGGUUCAGAGACUAAGAAAAGUGGAAAACCUGGACCUUUUCUUUUGUCUGGAUCGAGAGACAAGACUAUCAAAAUGUGGGAUAUCAGCACUGGCAUGUGCCUUAUGACACUGGUUGGGCAUGAUAACUGGGUGCGUGGAAUGCUUUUUCACCCUGGUGGAAAGUUUAUAGUGAGCUGUGCUGAUGACAAGACUUUAAGGAUCUGGGACUACAAAAAUAAACGCUGCAUGAAGACCUUGAGUGCUCAUGAACAUUUUGUUACCACUCUGGAUUUUCACAAGACUGCUCCGUAUGUGGUCACUGGAAGUGUAGAUCAGGCAGUAAAGGUGUGGGAGUGUCGCUGAUCCCCCAGCAGGACAUCAUGGCUACCACAGCCCUCACCCCGACCCAUCUCACUCUCUUCUCUGUCUUUCCUGGAUGCACUUGACCACCAUGGUUAUGACUUACCUAGCUCUGGAUUAAUAACUGUUGUCCUUUUAUGUAAAUUAUUCUGGAUGUCAAGCUAUUAAAUGUUACACACACAAAAAAGUAUUCUUGCAUGGUAAAUCCAAAAUUGCAUACUGUAAAUUUGCAUAACGUUGUCUAGAAGUAUCUCAGGCUGAACUUUCACUCAGCCUUAACCUACAGAAGGCAUAAACCGAGCAAGAUAAUUUAGGCACUAAACAGAUAAUUUAAAGACAACAUCGUCUUUGUCUGUCUUUAUUUGGAUUGUUUUACUUUUGUUGGUCUUUUUUUUAAACCUUGACUUUGCUUUCCAUAUUUGUUUAUUUUUCUGUCACUGUUGUAGUCUGUUGGUGGAUAGCCUGUUGAAGCUUUGAGGGGGGAGAUGACAAAGAAAUUCCUAUAAUCCCUACAUAGAAGAUUGGUUGUCUGGGAGUUUUUUUUUAUUGGAAUAAUCUGUAGCCUUGUAACACCAGUAUGAAGUGUGCUAAUAUUCUCUUUCUCUCUGGAACUAGAUGAUAUUUUACCAGCUGCAUCUAAAAAAUUAUUUAAGCCAUUAUGUGGUGACAUUGGGAAAUUAAUCUUUGUACCCUGGUCAUGGCGUGUCCUGCUGAGGAAACCUUUUGACAAGAUGUAAUGUUUAAAAAGUUUAAAAUGCCUGUCUAGUUUCUGUGUAUGUUGGGCAGCAAGGCAUAAUUGGACAGCAAGACAUAAUUGGACAGCAAUGCUUAUAUAUCUGUGAGAAUAUAAACUACAGAUUAACCUCAGAGAUGAUUUGUGACUUGUUGGUUUUGUUCAUAGAAGCACUUCAGAAUCUACUAGUGCUAAAUGGUGACUUACUGAAGCACUUGAUUUGCCUUUUGGUGCUCGUAUAGUUCAGUGAAGCUCUGAUAGUUUGCCGUUAUAUUAAAAUACAUUUUAGAGCUUGUGUUCUUGGAAUUUAUCUGUUUCAACUCUGUAAGAAUCAUGCCAACCUAAUUUAUCCCAGCAGAGCAGGUCUUUCUGUACAGAACUUAUCCUCAGUUUGGACACAAAGUGCUAUGAAUCUAACAAAAAUACAUGACGAGGGCUCAAAGUGUUUCCCAGUGUUUUGUAGGGGAUGUGCAAAUACUUUUGUUUGUAUGAAACAAAACAGAUGGUGGCUACGUCCAAGAAGUUAUGCCAUGUUUUGCAAACAUUUGCUACCGUUAAAACGGUCUGUCUCUGUAUUAACUAAUAAAUUAAUGUAAAGGAAUCUUAAUGGAAUGCUAAUGGCGGUUAUGCUUCUGUGUGUCUGAUACUUCUCUGGGAAGACUUGAUGGUUGUUCCUGUUUAAAGGGAUUUUGAUGUCGUUGUCCACAGUGGCUCUCUCUCAACAUGGCACAGUCGGCCAGAGAGGAGCAGGUUGCUAGUGACAUGGCGAACAUCCCAGCAGGAAAGUACCACAAGUUUUAACCAAUUGCUUAUGUCUUAUUACUGGCACAUUCUCUCCUGUUGAUCUUUCAAUAUGUGUGGGUCUUUCAAUAUGAACCAUAGCCACUCUGGGAAGAGUAGAUAAAUAAACCAUUUUGCAGCUUAAAUAAAGAAAACUGCCUUUUUUGACAGUAAAGCAAAAACGUUAAAGAAUGAAGAAACCUUGCACAUCCCUGUUCUUAGAUCUUUAGUCCAUUCCGACUCAUGGUCUAAGCGAUUUAGGUUUUAUUACUAAAUGCAUAAAUCAUUUUAAUAACCCUUUUCAUUACAAUGCAAUUAUAUAAUAAAGAAUUCCACUGCUUGAA